AUGACCGUGCUGGCGGGUGAUUUCAACUUCGGCAGCGUCGCGAUGCACGGACUCACGCCAGAGAGUGACGUCCAUGGCGAGGUCCUGGACCGACCUGAAACCCUUCAAGCUAAGCACAUCUCGGACCACAGCGCUGUUGCAGUCACCCUGAGAAUUCGAGCACAGGAGUUCAUCCGAAUGGCUGUCGAGGCCGCCCCCCUGCACACCCUCGAGCCCUGGGUGGAGCACCAGUACUUCAAAUCCUUGAUGGUUGAAGCUGCUCAUUUCCUGGCCAGGGACCACAUUGACAUCGAUUGCAACAGCUCGUCGGUCUCGCUCGUCGCUCCCGAGAUGUUCCAUGAGCUGUCGAAUGCCGUCCACUCCGAGGUCUCGAGAAAGAAACAGAUCCAGCUCCAGGAAGCCGUGAAUUUGAUGCUGCAGGUGCUGCGGAGUGUCUGGCAGCGCAUCCUGUACAUAUUGACGCGCUCCAUUUUCAAGGAGGCGCAGAGAUUCGCGCACUUCUGUUUGAAGGUUCCGAAGUGCUGCAUCGUCCCCGUGGGCGGCCAGCUCACUCCAGCGCUAGUUGAGCGCUUCCGCACGUGGCUAGCACGGAACAUCCCUGAGUGGGCCGACUUUGAGAUUGCGGAAUUUGCUCAACUUGCGCGGGUGUUUAAGGUGCCUUAUUGUGCGGUUCCUCAUGGGGACUGGUUCGAUCUCCACAGAUACGGCGGCCCGAAAGUGGUCAGUGUCUUGGCAUCGAACGCCGCCCAGCUGAUCAGAAUGAGUAAGUUCACGAUCCACGAGUGGCGAGGUUGCUUGCAGAGGCUGGAGGCGGCCGCGGCUGAACACCUUCCUCUCGUUGCUCAGAUCGAGGGCAGGUCCUCAGCCACCGCGAAGCGGCAGGCCAGGUUCGUGCGGUCCGCUGCCAGUCGAGGCGCCCCCGCGCAGGCGGUGGCUAAGGUGCUCAUGGAGGACUGCGCCGUCAUCCUCGUCGUCGCCCUGCUGGCCCUGCUGGUCGUCUGGUUCCUGAUGUCCCGCUCGAGGGACCCCGCGGACCUGUCCGACGGCGCGAUGCGCCCGCCCUACAAGCCGAAGGGCGACAUGCGCAGCUACCAGCGCCCCAUGGCGGACGAGUUCUACGAUGUGUCCAGCGUCGAGACCUCCGUGCUCGUCUGCCUCCACGACCACAUCGAUCCAAAGGAGACUGAUACCUUGCAUUUCGACGGCGACCUGCCGCAGUUUGAUGGCUCUGACGCGGUGGCAGUCACCGAAUUCCCCGAGGGCGGGCUGCAUUACGCGACCGACCUGGGCUACACUGUGCGGUCGCCGGAGUGCCCCUUGUGCAAGUGUGAGUUCGACUAUGCCCAGCACCGUCUCCAGGAGCUUCUGGUGCAGAUGCAGGCGGUCGGACUCGUUCAUGGGCUUUGGUUCAACCUGCUGACCACUCUGGGCAGUGUGCACUCCAUGCUCUUCGCUGCCUUCCACAUGGAGUUCUUCCUCCGGCGCGGCCUCACCGCGGUCCAGGUGGCCAUGGUGCACUCGGUCUUCGUGUUCUGGAACCCGCUGAACGACAUUGCCGCGGGCUUCCUGGCGGACGAGUGGGUCGCGCGGGGCUACGGCACGCGGCUGUCCCUGGUCGCGUGGGCGCACCUGGCCUGGGCGGCCAGCUCGCUGCUUGCCUUCCAGGAGCUGCCGUCGCUGCCCACGUGGCUGCACUAUGCGGCCCCAUCUUCGCCGCGGACGGCUUCGCGGCCAUGGCCGGGGCGGUGCGCGGCUUGGUGCUCAUCGAGCAGACGACGGCCGAGGCGCAGCGGAUCCAGAUCCAGCGCCUCAACUCCGUCUUCGGCUGCGCGGAGUGGCUGA